UCGCUCUCAACUGUCGCUAUCGUUGGCAACUGUUUCAGUUCACUUUUGAUCUUCAGUGAGGAAAAUGCGUAAAUUUUCAAGGAUUUCCCCGUGAAAAUUGGUGUAAAUUCAUUGCUAGAGAACUUCAAUGCAAAAUGGAAGAGGACAUGAAAGUGAAUAGUAGGCAGUGCUCAAUCGCGAAGUGAGUUAAAAUUGUGAUUUUAUUUGUGCGUCCUGUGGCUUGUUUUUUUUUGUUAUUUGCAACGAGAGUGAAAGAUCCCUUUUGGGACGCAAUUUGUGGACAUUCCACCGGACUUAUCUGGUGUUAUCCCAUCUCUGGACAUCACUUGGAACCUCAGUUAUUAUUUUAGCUGGCUAGAAGAUUCUCAAGAGUGCAGAAAAACCAUGGAAAGUGCUUCAGAAAGUGGCGUCACUGGUCCAAAUGCCACCAGUUGCGAUGAAGAACAGUCCAAAUGCGAAGAAAUGUCCACCCUGGCUGAGGUGGAAAAUCGUCGGAUAUGUCUCGUUGGAACGGUGCUGGAUGAUGAAGGAACAGUGAAAGCUGCCCAGAACUUUGGUAUUCCUGUGAUUACCUCAGAGACUGGCUCAGAGUACAUUUUGGAUGAUGAUUGGGUCACUUAUUUUGUGGUGAACCAAUUUGAUGGUCCAAUGUUUGAGGCGAUACACAAGAGUAAACAUAGGAUUUUAGGGCCACCGGCUCUGAAGGAAAUAUAUUUUGCAAAGGAGACUUUGCCAAGUAGUAAUCGUCCAAUUUACAAUUAUGCAAUGAAAGGUGUUAUUACCUGUUUUACGGGUAUCCGGAAGAAAGAGGAAUUGACACAUUUGGUGAAUUUAAUUCAUGCAAUGGGUGGAAAAAUUAGAAAAGAUAUGAAUUCUCGAAUAACACAUCUUAUUUGCAACAAUAGUGGUGGAGAAAAAUAUCAGUAUGCAAUGACCUUCCGUCUGACCGUUGUACGGCCAGACUGGGUGCUCGAUGCAUGGAAGCGUCGGGAUGAGGUGAAUUUCAAUGCGAACCAGGAAGAUUUCUCAAGGAUACACCGAACGAGGGCUUUCGAGGGGCAGAGGAUAUGCUUCUUUGGGUUUUCCCCGGAAGAACAUCAACACAUGGUUGAUGUUUUGGUGUCUAAUGGUGGAGUACCGACAAAUCUCGAAGAUCCUGACUGUACACAUGUGAUUGUGGAUGAACAUGCCGUGCAUACAAAAUUGGAUGUAAAAAACUCCAAGACUCACAUUCUGAAAGCCGACUGGUUCUGGUAUACCAUUCAGAAUGGAUUUGCCGACGAGAUGGAUUACAGAUUUGAUGAUUAUCUGGACAGCAUAGCCAAUACUCCCUGCAGUGAUCGGCGAGAUUCUCUGCCGGUGACGUUCAAUAAGCGAAAGAGGAAGCGUCUGUCACGGACAAUUAAAGAGGAAUUGACACCUCUGGGAUUGGGUAAGAGGCGAUCUUCAGUGUCAGAUGCUGGAUUGUUGUCCGUUUCGGGAAGUUUCCUGGAAUGUACAACGAGUCCGGAUAAGAAUGAUGUGAGCAAGGUGAUUCCGGAAACGGAAACACCACCCGAAGUUCCUCCGUCAAAUAAGAAACAGUCGAUGCGUUUCAAUCAUUUUCUCGAUUUCUGCCAGACAGAGUCGAAUUAUGUGGGAAUCCUGGACACAAUUGUUAAGUUGUUCAAGGAACCAUUGGAAAAGAUGGCAGACACAAAUCCCAGUGAUGCUCUGCUCAAUAAAUCAGAGAUUAGAGCGAUUUUCAGCAAUUUUCAGCCAAUUCACGAUGUCCACUGGAAAAUGCUGAAUUCCAUCAAGGAGCUUCAGGCCAAUUGGGCAGAAGAAUGUCUAAUUGGUAAAGUUAUUCUCGAUCAUCGGGAUGAUUUAAUAAAGGCUUAUCCGCCUUAUGUGAAUUUCUUCGAACAAAUGAAGGAUGCCCUUGUUCUUUGUGAUAAUCAAAAACCCAGAUUUCAUGCAUUUCUCAAAAUAAAUCAGGCAAAACCUGAAUGUGGAAGACAAUCCCUCCAGGAUCUGAUGAUUCGCCCAGUACAGAGAUUGCCAAGUAUUAGUCUUCUAAUAAAUGACAUUCUCAAACAUACACCAAAGAGCAAUCCAGACGCGAAAAAAUUGGAGGAAGCUCUGAGAGCUAUUAAGGAAGUCAUGACGUACAUCAAUGAAGAUAAAAGGAAGACGGAGGGUCAAUUGGCCAUGUUUGAUAUUUUCAACGAUAUCGAUAAUUGCCCACCUGAUCUUGUUUCGGCUCAACGGAGUCUCGUGUCCAAGUGCGAAGUCACCGAACUCUCAGAUCAACUGAGCGGCCGUGGUGAUUCCUUGAUGCUGUGCCUCUUUACGGACAACAUUGAGGUCUGCAAGAAGCGUUCGCGAGGCUUCAACAAUGCCAAAUCGCCCAGUACAACGAUGAAUGGUCUCAAUGUGACGACCAAAGUCAAAUCAUACAAACACAUUAAACUCAUCUCACUCAGUUCCAUUCGCUAUGUUGUGGAUAUCAGGGACAGUCCGAGGGCUUUUGCUCUGAGCUGUCGAUUGAGCAAGGAGAACAAAGACAAGGAGUACUACUUCAGUAUAAAUGAGGAAGAGGUGGACAAGACAAUGUAUCUGCGGAGUUUGUGCAAGCAACUGGCAGAGAAUUCCUGCAGGGCCGAUGCUGAACAGUUUCUGGCCAGUGUGGACUCUACGGAGCUCAGUAUUGACAUCAGUGACUUGAACAUUGGUACCCUGUCAAAGGCAUUUAAAUUUGCCACGAGAACGCGACUCAAGGUUGGAAGGGCGUUCUCCUUCAAUAAGACACCAUCGAAGCUGAAGAGGGCUGUUUCCACCAUGAUGACAAAUUCUCUGACUCCUGCUUCGCAGCUGGCGCAGAUGAAAUUGGCCAGUUGUAACAAUAUUAACGUAGAAGAAGGCCAAAAAGCAUGGCAAUAUAUAUGAUGCUUUUGCUCUUUGAUUAGGAAAUUGGUGAGGAGGAGAAAGUGUCAAAGAAGGAGACUUUGGUGGCUCCAAUGUCAGUUCAGCCAACAAGAAAGGCAAAUGCUAUUAUGGCGGGAUUGCGACGAAUUUGAUCGCUUUCCAGCAGCAGAAAAAAUUCUCUGUUUUCUUGAGUGGGAAUUUAUCAAUUGAAUAAUUACAUAGCGAUAGACGUCAAAAAAAAAAAACUAAUAUUGUAUUGAUAAAUUUACAGAACUAUUUGUUCUUUUAUUAUCUCUUUUUUUUAAGACACACACAGAAAGAAAAAACGUCAUAAAACCACAAAAGUAAUUUAGGAAUAUUAUGAUAUGAAGAAAGAAAGAAAAAUCGUGAUGAGAGUGAAAAAAAAAUUGCGAUUAUAUUAAUCGACACGUGAAAUAUUUGCAGAAAAUUCAAUUUAAUAAAAAAACAAACUUUGAAAAAAGAAUCCAUUUGUAAAGAGUGAAUCGAUAAUGUAUUUAUAGAACUUUUUUUUUAGUAAGAUGAAAUAUUAGAAUUUUUAACAUUCUUGUAAUGUAAGUGAUCUUUUUCUGAUUACAAAUUUAAGAUGAUCUUUUUUUUCUACUACAUGAAUCAUCUUUGAGAUAAAUUGGCACGAUUACAAUUUUAAGUUUCAGUGGAGAAAAUAUUGUAAAAUGUAAAUAAUGUAAUUUAAAUAAUAACUAAUGCAUUAAAAUAUUCUGAAUUUUAGCAAAAA